GAUAUUAUUGUCUUCAUCAUUUAUAACAUUUUCUUUACCUUUGCAUUUUUCUCCCGUAGAUUGCCACAAUCUCUCCAGGAAUGGCAUCUUGUGAAAAUACUCUUAAUACAUUAAGAUAUGCAAAUAGGGUGAAAGAAUUGACUGUGGAUCCAACUGCUGCUGGUGAUGUCCGUCCAAUAAUGCACCAUCCACCCAAUCAGAUUGAUGACUUAGAGGCACAGUGGGGUGUAGGGAGUUCCCCUCAGAGAGAUGAUCUAAAACUUCUUUGUGAGCAAAAUGAAGAAGAGGUUUCCCCCCAAUUGUUUACUUUCCACGAAGCCGUCUCACAAAUGGUAGAAAUGGAAGAACAAGUUGUAGAAGAUCACAGGGCAGUGUUCCAGGAAUCUAUUCGAUGGUUAGAAGAUGAAAAGGCUCUCCUAGAGAUGACUGAAGAAGUAGAUUAUGAUGUAGAUUCAUAUGCUACUCAACUUGAAGCUAUUCUUGAGCAAAAAAUAGACAUUUUAACUGAGCUGCGGGAUAAAGUGAAAUCUUUUCGUGCAGCUCUACAAGAAGAAGAACAGGCCAGCAAGCAAAUCAACCCGAAGAGACCCCGUGCCCUUUAAAUCAGCCUUUGCUGCUAGAGGAUCCCCAGAACCCACAUUACUGUAACAUACAGUGGUUCAGCUGUUAAGGGCCAUUUGAAAGUUUGAAAUUUUAAGUGUCUGUGGAAAAUGUCUUGUCCCUUCACCUGAAUGACAUUUCAAUUUUGUGAAACACUCCUUUGUCUACAAAAUGCUUCUAGUCCACGAGGCACAACCAAGAUUGGGAAUAGUGAAGCAUUUUGUUUCAUUUACCCAAACAGUGAUUUACUUUUGGAGAUCCUUGCCAAUUUUAUUUUCUGUAUGAUGAAGUGAGAUUGUGGACUUGAUCCAGAGGUGAAUAGUAGGGGGAAGCCACAGCAUUUCCUUUU